AUGGCAAUCAACCCGCCACCCUCGACCUAUGUGUUCAUCUCUGGAGAUUCGGACAUCCUUUACACCGCGUCUCUCCUGCGUAUGAGGGGAUAUAAAGUCGUUAUUCUGUGUCCAGAGGGCUCUGAGGCCGAUUUACUCGGAGAGGCCGACUGGGACGACGGGCAACACCGGUUGUUCCAACGGGUUUGGGAGGAAAGUGCAAAGGACCAGGCCGCGCCUGGAAAAUCAACGUCCCCUAUGAAUACUCCUCUCGAAGCGAAGCCCGGUAUUGGAAUCGCCUCCGGUGAAGAUUCCUACGCCAAUCGACCUAUCCAACCACUGGCUAAGACGGACGAUGCCAACUGCUUGGUACAGGAUUUUCCCUCUGCUCAAUCUCGCGACGAUUCACUACACCGAAGAUCCCUUGAGACCGUCGCGGAGAACGCUGGUCAAGGCACUUGGGCCCCUCUUGUCUCUUCGAGUGCAAGCGUCCUUCCCCGUCUCCAACGGCCUAGUUCUGCCCCGACAUCAGAGCUGAGUUUACCGGUCUACCAAGACUCGACCUCGCCACCAUGGAAGGUUCAGGAGGUGGGAAGUGACGGUUGGGAAGGGAACGUUCGCAGUCUGCUCGACUCCGUUCGACGAGGGGGUACACCGGCUGCAUGGACGAGAAGUGCCCCCACGUCCGACUACGGUUCCCGACAGGCGCCCUCUCCUGGUCCCUCGACUAUGAAUCCCGUUUUGGCGGUUCCAUCUCAAUCGUCCAGUUCCAAAUCGAGUAAAGAAAUGCCUCCCAGAUACAAGACUUUGGUCGACUGCCUACGAGGCUUUGCAACAUUCUCCGUUCCAAGGGGAUCCCUCGACGGAGAGCUGCGAAAGAUAGAUCCCAAUUUCUACGCCAAUUCUGGUUUAUCUGGCGUUCCUCGACCAAUGGUCAACCUUAUCGAAGGUGCAUACGAGGAGGGCAUCAUCGCGUCCAAAACGGGUCCAUUCGUUAUCCUGACCUAUCCUUAUCGCCGGGUCUGA